AUGGCCGACCAAACGAACGCCUUCCAGGCCCUGUCAAGCAAUAAUCGCGGCACUCUCAUCACCUUAACGUCGGUGUCGCUUCUGAUUGUGGCCAUCAUCUUUGUGCUCGCCAAGUUUGGUUCAGCGAUUUACUUCAAGCAGCGACGAACAGCUGUUAAUACUCCUAUCUGGGCCGCUUUGGUCCUGGCAAUCAUUCAAGUCGUCGUCUUACAAAAGGCUGUUGACCAUGGACUGGGACAGCACCAAGACCGGCUGAGCCAAGAUCAGACCUGGAGCAAGUUCGCCUUCGCCGCUCACAUUCUGCUCGUCGUGGUCUUAUCGCUUUCGAAGAUGUCGACUCUCCUACUAGUUUGGAAGUUGUCGCCGAGUAAAACCCUGCGCCGCACCUGUACUGUCACCGCUGGUAUAGUUGUUGGGUGGUCGAUCUGCGCAGUAUUUGGUAUAGCUUUCCAAUGCGAAUCGCCCGAUCGGUGGCUAUACUCCCCCGAGCGAUGCGCUGGAGAGGGAGCCAUAUUCUACCCAAUUGCAGUGUUCAACGUCCUCACGGAGAUCAUUAUUGUUGUCCUACCGUUUAUAAUGAUGCGCAAUGUCCAGAUGGUUUGGAUUAAGCGGGUGAAGAUCCUAUGCUCCUUCUCUUCGCGUCUAAGUAUCGUCGGCCUCGGAAUCGCUCAUCUAGCCCUCCUACCUCCAUUCGUCCACUCAUCCGACAUCUCCUGGGAUAUAGUCAACUGGGAAAUAAUUGGCCAAGCAAUGAUGCUCACAACCGUGAUAAUCGCCUGCGUCCCAACCCUCUACCACAUCUUCGCCGGCCUACACUCCGGCCUAACAACAACGCAAAUCCCCGACGGAAUCGGGCUCGAACUCCCGCAGACCAAGGCCAGCGGAUAUAUCAAUCAAUCGUCUUCAGCAGCGAGCCAGUCGCAUUCGCGUGGACGGUCCAGGAAGGGUGGACGGUCAAUGUUUGAUGGGUGGGGAGGUGAGAACCGGGUCAUCACUGAGGUUUCGUCGGGUCGGGACCCGAAUCAGAAUGAUGAGGGUAGAAGACAGUCUGGCUCAAGUGAGGGAACGGAGAGUACGCGGCAUUUGACGCAGGAUCUUCACGGGAAGCCUGGAGCUGUGCUGAGGACGGUGGAUGUUACGGUUGAGGUUGAGGAGCAUGAUCAUUGGAAUAGGCUUUGA